GCUCUAUAUUUGUUUUUCGGCAUUCAUGACCGAUGACAUGUUAAAGUGAUGCGAAAAAUAAGUUGGAAGAAAUUUUCAAGACUUUAUGGUGCGAAAUACCUGAGUUAACAUUGUCAGCAUUAGCUAGAUCUUGAUGUGAGAUAAGGAACUGUGCUCAGUGAAUUUAUCCGUGAGCAGCUCCGGCAGAAAUGUUUCAUAAUCGUUCAGCGAGCCUUGGUGAACUGCACGGAGGUCAAGGUGCUCACGAGACAAUUGAUGGGGAGGAGGCGACUUUGGAGCGGUCCAAGAGCUCAAGACAUUUAACGAAGAAAAAGAGCUUCAAGUUCGGCUCCAGAGAUUUUGUCGGAGGAAGGAAAUUGGUGAGGAGACCUUCUAUGAAGUCUGUAUCGAACAUGGUUCAAAAACUUAUGAUUCGUAUGUCUGCUGUGCAAUUUCCUUCGAAUUCUGCAUACUCGACGAGUUCGAUCGGAAAAUUGGACGAGAAUGCGUCGUACAAGAAGAAGAAUUUCGAUGCGGCGGAGGAAACUGCUUCGAAGAUUCGGAGAAGUAAGUCUGCUGAGGUACUAAAUGUGUCUGGUUUGAAAAAUCAUGGCAACACUUGUUUUAUGAACGCGACUAUCCAGUGCCUCGCUCAUACUGAUUUAUUGGCCGAGUACUUCGUUAUGGAUCAGUAUAAAGAAGAUUUAAAACUUCGCAAAGGGCAAAUCAAGAAGUUUGGAACUCGCGGUGAAGUGACGGAGAAACUAGCGUUGUUACUCAAGAGUUUGUGGUCAAGUCAGUAUAAUUCGCAAAUUAGUAGCGAUUUCAAGUCGAUCGUUGGAAAAUAUGGAGUUCAGUACCGAGGUUAUGCACAACACGAUGCUCAGGAGUUUUUGCUUUGGCUCUUGGACAAAGUUCACGAAGAUCUGAAUCGAGCAACCAAGCGAAAGUACAAAGCUAACAAGGAAAGUUCAGGAAGAUCAGAUGACACCAUUGCUUUGGAGGCUCUUGCUAAUCACACACGCUGCAAUGACAGCUUUGUUCUGGAUUUAUUCCAAGCUCAGUAUCGAUCAUCACUCAAAUGUCCCAGGUGCCAUCAACAGUCUACAACAUUUGAUCCAUUUCUGUGUCUCUCACUGCCCAUCCCACAACGGGAAACCCGCCCCAUCAUAGUCACCACAGUGUUUGUAAAUUCAUCCAGAGUUCCACUUCGUAUUGGUGUCAGCGUACCCUUGCAUGGAACAAUUGCUGACCUGCGGAAUGUGGUUUCUGAUAUGACAGGCAUCAAACAAGAAUCUUUGAUCCUCACAGAACUUUACUAUGAUGGAUUUCACAGAACAUUUCAUGAUAAGCAAUCUUUGAGCAUUGUUCAUGAAGGGGACAAUAUUUAUGCAUUUGAAGCUCCAAGUGGGCUUUUCCCUGAGAUGGAUGCAGAUGUCCAGACACCUGUCAUGGCAGAUAACAGUGGACCAAUUCAAGACACCAUUCUUAUCCUUGUGGCAAACUGUCAGGGCCCAGCAAAAACUUCAUCAAGUAAAAGAUUUGGUCUUCCCUUCAUAGUGAGAGUUCUCAGGGAACUGAGCUAUGAAAGACUGCAUGCAGCAAUCUUGAAAGCCAUGGCAAGGAUUCUGUUGGAUAAUGUUUCAUCGCAGGUUAAGAAGCAAAGGUUGCUGUUUCGACUGCGUGUAGUCAAUGGCUUGCCUGGGAAGAGUGCUCUGUCUCCAGAAGUUGAUCAUCCUUUGUAUCAGGCUACUGUGGACAAGGCACUCAUGUCCUGUGGAUCAGGCAGUGGACCUCAACAUAUCAAGAUGAUUGCUGAAUGGGAUCCAGAGACAAGAGUGAGCUUUGUGAAGUCCAGUGUUUUGCAAGAAAGACCAGAGGAACACUGUAGUGUCCGUGAAGUGGAGUCACUGCAUAACAGCUCACAUAAUGUUGAACUGGAAGAUUGCUUUACGCUUUACACCAAAGAGGAGAAGCUGGGCACUGAAGAUGCUUGGCUUUGUCCUCGGUGCAAGAAACUACAACAAGGAACAGUGAAGAGGCUGAGUCUGUGGACUCUGCCAGAGGUGUUGGUGGUUCACCUGAAGAGGUUCAGGCAGACCUCUGCCGGCCGCACCAAACUCCACACUCUGGUGGACUUUCCACUGACGGGCUUAGACAUGAAUGCACACUUAGAACCCCGCAACAAAAGGUCCUCUCCAGACUCCCACUCCUUAGGAUGGGGUACGUGGCGGCGUCACCGCGCAAAUUCCGUCAGUGGGUGUGAGGAAAACCUAUAUGACCUGUACGCUGUGUGUAACCACACUGGAGGAAUGACAGGCGGGCACUACACGGCGUACUGCAAGAAUCCUGUUGACGCCACGUGGUACCUGUUUGACGACAUGCGCGUGGAGAGGAUAAGUGAGCGUCAGAUUGUCACCAAGGCAGCGUAUCUUUUGUUUUACGCCCGGCGUAACGUCGGGUCGUCUUCGGCGUCCGAGUCUUCUUCGGGUUCCGACCACUGGGCUUGGAGAAUGCCGCAAUUUUCGUACGAAUCUGUGCUCAGUUCUCGCGAUGAACUCACAAAAAAAGAGGAGAGUGCGACAGGUAGACCUACAAGUCAGUCUUACAGUUCCCUGCCGCAAAUCCACGCACACAAUACAGCCAAUAAAUGGAGCAGUCGAGAAAACGUGAUGACUGAAUCGUGCGUGUAACUGGAACUGCUGGGGGACUGGGAACACUUGGUAUCGUUUGGGAUAGACAACAAAAUGGCGUGUAUUCGACAUGAGCUUAGUCUUCUCCGAAGCCGUUUUCGGGAUGUCACGCAUCGUUCGAGCGUUGCGUGACUUCCGAAAAAACGGCUUUGGAGGAGACUAACAUAAGCUCAAAUAUUGUUUCAAAGCAGAAUUCGGAGGCCAGUGUAUUGUCGUUUUUCAGGUACUAUUAACUUAGGAACAAACCUGACGUGUGCUGUAUUCUUGUUUUUAGACAAUUACGAGCUUAGAAUUCAACUCAAAAUCUUGAGUCGUAAUCAGUUUACAGUGAUGAAAAGUCUUAUCACUUGGGUGUUACCGCCAUUUUGGAAUGCGUCUAUCCAAACACCGCCUUUAAAAAGCCCAGCCGAGAUACUCGUAAAAUGUACGUUGCAACAAGGUCUUUUUUGAUCCUUGCAUGGUUAAAGCCCGUAGAAUUUCUGUCAGUUUAACCCAAUUAAUACGCAAACCUUCUGAAGCCUCAACGCGAGGAUUAGAUACCACGGUUUCCUUUGGGCAGAAAAAACAGAGUGCGUAAUAAGUGAUCAAGCCAUAAGGCUAUUUAGAGUAAGAGGUUGGAGGAAAGGUGGGAAUUGGCGGUCGGGAGAAGACAAUCAGUAUGAGUAAUCAAACGGUGACGAGUGAAAUUAGGAAAUAAUUUCAAGCGCGUUUUGUCCAAAUUCUAAAAGAAUUACCGAGCGAAGGAAAUUGUUGGAAUUUUGACAAAACGCGAAUGAAAUUCUUUAUUUUACGAGUAUACCAUUUGAUUACCUUUUAAUAUCAUGGGUGGCAAAUUACGCAUACAAUCGUGGGUUUUUUUACUUCUCUAUUGUAUCGAGAAAAUUCGGGCCAAACAUUGCCACGGCAAUUUUGCAAUUUCACACGUGAAAUUAGAAGUUAAUGCUGAAAUUUCACGGCAAAAAUAAGGAGUAAUUUGUCACCCAUUAUAUUACUUUCGUUAACAGGCGAGUAGGUUAUCAUUUCACUUGCUUCACAGGUCUAACGGAAAAUACUUGUCACGUUGUGUCUCUCCUCCCCAUUUCCCUCCUUUCUCCUCCCUAUUUUCCUAGGAAUACCGCAGUUUCUUGAAGCAUCUUUCGUGCCUGUGCGCAAACUUGUAUACGCAGGCUUCGAUUUUGUACCAAAACGCUUUGUGUCUAGCAAGAGAUACUCGUUCAGUCUGAAAUAUUUAAUUCUCAAGAAAAAUCUUAAAGGAACUACGUCACGGUUUGCGCCUUUUGAAAAACUUGGCCUAAAUUUUUCAAGUUCAUCGUUUGUAAU